AUGCCGACAUCCGAUGUUGACGAAUAUACUUCCAUACGUGACAUUCGUAUAACGAAAGAAUGGCUCCUUCAACAAUUACGUUCGGAUUCAAAACAAAUAAUUAUAUUGGAUUGUCGGAGCACGAACGAAUAUGGCGAAUCUCACAUAAGGCAAGCCGUUAAUUUUUCAAUACCUAGCAUAAUGCUAAGACGACUUUCGGCUGGGAAAAUUGAUUUAAUAUCAACAAUCAAAUGUAAAGGAUUAAAAGAAAAAAUAUUGGAAGGUUACAAAAGGGAUUUAUUCGUUAUUUACGGUGAUGAUUUAAAUGACACCGAGAAAAACAAUAAUACCAAAGAAAUAUUACACGUUUUAAUGAAAAGGCUUAAACAAGACGGAUGCAAAGUUGUUUGCCUCCAGGAGGGAUUUACAAAAUUUUUUAAUUCGUAUCCUGAAUGGUGCGAAAGUGCCGCCGACAUAAAUCUUCCAGGAUCGGAUCCUGUAGCCACUCCUCUAAUGGGAUUAAGGUCUCUUAGAAUAUCUGCUAGAUCAUCCUGCGGAAGUUCAGCAGCAACAAGUUCAACGGAAAGUUCAGAUUCUGACGACAGAUGCGAUUCAUCUUUAGGUUUGGAAGACGAUAGGGAUUUUCCCGUUGAAAUCCUUCCUCAUCUCUACCUGGGAAAUGCCAUCAACAGCGAAGAUAGCGAAUCUUUAAACAAACACGGGAUUCAGUAUAUAUUGAACGUCACUGCGGAUUUACCGAACGUUUUCGAAGAUUGUGGAAGCAUGAAAUACAUGCAGAUACCAAUAGCAGAUCACUGGAGUGAAAAUCUCGCAAAAUUUUUUCCAAAAGCCAUAAAGUUUAUAGCAGAUGAAGGUAGAAAUAAUUCGAAAGGAGUUUUGGUUCAUUGUUUGGCCGGAGUGAGCCGUUCGGUCACAAUCACGGUCGCAUAUUUAAUGUACAAACUAAAAUUAAGUUUAAACGAUGCUUUUACUCUCGUCAGAAACAGGAAAUCAAACGUCGGACCUAAUUUUCAUUUUAUGGAACAGUUACAUAAUUUCGAACAAGAAUUAAAAAUUCAAGGAACACUUCCGGAUGUGAGUAUACACGGUAAAAAAUGUUCGAAAUGCGAUUGUUUCGUUUUGGAAUGCAAAUGUAAAUCGUCGAGAUUUCUCAGUCCUCUUGCCAUAGGUACAAGUCCGGAUUCAGGUAUAGAAUUCGAUCGAUGGGCACCGCCUCCGGGUUCGGGAGAAUGA